AGCGUGCACAUCGUUUCGUGUCUGUUAAAGACUUAAAAAUGCGUUACGUGGCCGCUUACCUACUUGCUGUCCUUGGUGGCAAAACCAGCCCCUCAGCCAACGAUAUUAAAAGCAUCCUAAAAAGCGUUGGCAUUGAUGCUGAUGAUGAACGUGUCAAGAAGGUGAUUAGUGAGCUCAGUGGAAAAGAUCUUGAAGAUGUUGUAAACUCUGGUCUUGCCAAGCUAUCAUCUGUACCAUCUGGGGGUGCUGUCUCUGCAGCUCCUGCAUCUGCUCCAGCCGCCGGAGGAGCUGCUCCUGCAGAAAAGAAAGAAGAAAAGAAGGAGGAGGAAUCUGAGGAGUCUGAUGAAGACAUGGGAUUUGGAUUAUUUGAUUAAAUCCUUUUUGAUAAAAAAAAAAUAAACAGCAUAUUUCCAUCAAA